AUUUAUUGAAAUACGAUGGCUGCUGUUCAACGACCCCAAAACAUUGCCACCAUGAUCAAUGGUGUUGAGCGCUAUAACCCCGAAAAUGUUACUGUGCUCGAAGAAUACUUGACAAAGCAAUGCGAAUCAAAAGAAUAUGAUUUGGAAGCUAACUUGGCUCUUUUAAAACUCUAUCAAUUCAACCCUAGUUUAGCAAAGGAACCUGUUAUUGUUAAAAUCCUUGUGAAGUCCUUGACUGCUAUCCCUGCUCCUGACUUCAACCUUUGUCUUUAUCUUUUGGCUGAACACGCUCAUCUUGAAUCGAUCGAGAAGUUGACUGAUUUACAACAACUUUUAGAACAAGCACGUUAUGCUAAAUUUUGGCAAUCUGACUUGAAGCCUUGGACUGCUGUUGUUCCCAACUUUGAAUCCGAAAUUCGACGUGUGGUUGCUCGUGUGAUGGCUAUGUCUUAUCAAACCAUUACUGCUUCUGCUUUGGCAGCCAACUUGGGUUUGACAGGUGAUGCAUUUGAUCAAUUCUGUGCUAGUCAACAAUGGCAAAAGUCGGGCGACUUGGUUCAAAUUCCUAUCAACAAGGACAAUGAAGCCAAGGCAGUCGUGAUUAGAGAGAACAUCAAGUUUGAACAAUUGACAAAGGUGAUUGGUUAUUCUAAUGAAAUGUAAACAACAACAAUAACAAAAUCCAUCACACAUCACAGCACGCCUACUUUUUUUUCCAUACACCAUAUAUUUUGAUUCAUCGAGAAUGACAGUUACUCUUUUGAUAUGAAGAUGACAUGCAGAAAAAAAAUAAAAUGAUCAUUGUAGAUUAGAA